CACGGCCACACUCGUCUUACGCUCCUUUGUUCGCGAAAGCUGUCUAUGUCUUUGCUCUGGGGCUGAGCGACUGCUUGAAGCCGAACGCUCGCAGCAAUGGCGACGACCAACGGCGUGAACGGCGUUAACGGCCACAAAGCAUCCUCCGGCACUGUCGACGUAUCCGGACCUUCUACUUCUAAUGAAUUCCACGAAACAAGUCUGGAAGAACUUGAACGAGAGCUUCCCGUUGUGUACGAUGGGCAGGUGCCUUUGGGCGAUCUCCUUUCGCGAGUCACCCAGGCUAUCUAUGCGGAGCUACUAGAAAUGGCCGAAACUCUGCCCAACAUGUCGAAGGAAGCUCGGGCACGUACGAUAGCAGACUGGGUAGUCAAGACAAAGAAGCAGGUGGUGAAGUUAUAUGCUGUCGUGAAAUGGUCUCGAGAUGCGGAUACAGUGCAGAAGGCCAUGAACAUCACCGCUUUUCUUAUGAAUCAAAAUCAACAAUUCCUUGACGCAAUUGAUUCACUCGCGAGAGCCAGAGACAACCUAGAUCCGGCUAGGCUUCGGAACCACGAUCUCCUUACCUCCCUUGACGUCCUCACUACUGGUUCCUACCGCCGAUUACCUUCCGUCAUCAAGAAACUAAUCGUGCAACCACCACCUCUUUCAGACGAUGAAGUCAACAAGAUCGUGGCAGACGUCGAGGAUCGAAUACGUUACCGUCUCCGUAUGACAGAAAUCAUCCCCAUAGAGAUGUCAAAAUAUACAAUCGAACGGGGGCGAGUCCGUUUCGCUGCCCCCAGGCUGUUUGAGACUUCUCUCUGUCUCCGAGGUGCUCAGAAAGACGACGGGUGGUUCUUCGUGGACGUCGAAUUUCUAUUUAACGUUGGCGGCGAUGAGACAGGCAUGCAAGAGUUCCCGCGUGUGCCUACUGGGGUAAUGAAACGACAUAUUACCGAAGGUGUCGAUGCCCAGUUAGCCAUGUAUGUGCCUAUCACUCCUCCACCUGAGGGGCAGGUGCCGCCCGUAGAGCUUCCUCCGAGACCUCAGCUACCGGAAGGGACUAUGGAUGCCCCAUUAGUUCGUGUCUAUAAUUUCCUACAGAUGAUGUCUUUGUCGUAUCAGCUGGAGAUCAUGGCAUACCAGGCACAACGAAUGUGCAAUCUCGGAUGGGCAGAAUACCUGCAGCUGGGGAUGAGCAGAGACCGGAAGACCUUCUCUGUCUCAUAUUGGAUUCGCAAAGCCCCAUUGCCCAACAGUCGAAUGAAGAUACCCCCGUUGGGAGGGACGCUAACUGUAUCUAUUGCUCGUGUAAGAGCAAUACCCAAAGUAGGCGGUGGACCUGCUCGAUCCGCAAAAGAUCGAAUACUCGCAGAACUGCAACAACGGGCAAAGCUGAACACGGCCAGACCCUCGGACGAAGUUGAGACCUUGCGGUUCGAGGCCAAGUGGGAGCCUGUGAAGAAUGCUUUGGGGGUACCUGUCGCUCUGGAGGACCUCGCCUUUACAGACGGGGAGUUGGGUGUUGACUCGGACAAUUUGGACUUUGAGGCGCUACUACGAAAGGUAUUGUAUAAACAUGCAAAAGCUAUUCUCAGGGCAUUCCAAAUACAACUGCAACGCAAACCCGUGUUUGCUCACCCCGGAGAAGUAUCGUUAGUCGAGAGUGAUGGCAAUCUCGCUCUUCGUAUUCAUCUAUGUGCCGAUGAGAUAGUGCUUGUUAGCUUAGACCUUAGGACUGGCAGAAUUACUCUGAGGGACACUGGCGAUCUCGCUGCAGCAGGGCGUGGACCACGUUUUGCUCACAUUACGCAGAGACUCAAUGAUGCUCCCCAGGGCAUAACGGAUGCCGUACCGUUCUUACGCAUUCUGACUAUCACGGAUCUCGCGGAACAGAAAGCGAAUUACCUCGGGCUACAGACUUACCGUCAACGUCCAUUCAAGGCUGAAGAACUCGGCAAGCUCGGCCCGGCUAUUCGUGGCUUGCUAUAUGUCCAGCUGGCGAAGUUUCCGAACCAUUAUCUCGUGCUUGUUAUCAUGGACGAUGAGCUCCGAUAUGCUCUCAUCUCAGUCAGGAUUCAGACCGACGUGUAUCAGACAAUGAUCAUGGAGGAUAUUGGCUGGCUGGACGUAAAAAGAAUACAUGGCGACGAUUUACUUGUUACUGUGGACGAUCAUCUGAAUUCCUCGCGUGGACAGAAGCACAAGGUCAAGAGUGCGGACGAGUCUCAACCCGCGAUAGAUGCACCCCGUGCAGAUAUGGGUCGGACAGUUAAUAGCCUCAAUUUAGAGACCCAGGUGCUGCGAGAGUUAUACUCGUACUGCUGUGCGCGGGUGGCGUAUAUGAAGGUCGAACAACAGCUCAAACUCCGAGGCAUUCCUUACAUCCAUGUCAACCCCUCGGAAGCUUCCCGCGUGACACCCGAACUACUGCACAUACAGUCGUCUUUGGCUCGUUCCGUCCCUGGACUCUGUGUUCAGUCGUCAGAUAUUUUGUCCGGAGCACCGGCUGCAGAAGCCGCUAUGCCUAAUAUCCGCGUCAUCCCUCUCAAUUGGUGGUCUGAUAAGAAGGCUCAGGUCGUCACUUGCGUGAAGCUGAAAUACGUUCAGCAGCCUAUGGGUAAAAGAGCAGGGACCAGUGCCGUCAUACGACCGUCCAAGCGAAUCAUUUACGAUACGGAAGAAGCCGUUGUUUCAUUCCUGUCUGAAGACGUCGACAAAUGCGUUGACGAAUUCCUUGAGGAGUGGGCCCGUGUUUCGAAGAUGGUUGUAAUAGCUAGAGAAGUCGGUCAAAUGUCUAAAGAAAAGAAGUGGCCGGACAUUCGGAUGUUAUCGUUCGAUCUACAAACUGUAGAGUUUGCGUACGCUGCUGACUAUACCGUUUCUAUCACAUGCACUGAUCAGCUGUCGCCAACCGGUGGCACGUAUGAACUCCGAUUCUCAAGGGCAAGUUAUUCGACUUUGGAGGAUCGCUUCAAUCCGCACGAAGAUUCAGAACCCUUUCUACGUGGUCUGCUUCGUCGCGGACGUCUUGCGGAGUCGCUUCAUACGCUGGUUUCGUUGCUAAGGCAUACCCUGCCUAUUGUUGUCCAGUUGGCCGAAAUUCAGAAGGAAGCUGCAGACCAGAGUCAGUUUCUGGACACGUUCCCCAAGGCCGUAGGAUGGUAUCGACUCCUUUACGGUGACUUCAGGCAAGUAUCCACGCAUGCAUUGGAUUUCCGAUUAUUCGAAGGACAACAGAUUGCGAUACUUGACGCCUCUCAUUCAUUGUACAGCCGAGAUACAUCGGGAAAUCUCUCCCUUCCUGGCCCUGAUCCGGGGUCGCCCAGUAAGCGCCAAACAGUAGGGGUGUCGUCCCUGACUGGAAAACCGAUCCAAAGGAACGACGCUGUACAUGAGCUUAUGGUCUUGCAGCCCAUUCCUACUUUCCAGGACCUCGUGCAAGAGACUGUAAAAGAGGUCGGUUCUGCGACCAAGGUUAAUGCCCACAUUACUGCCGUCGAUGUGGGGAUCAUAUGCGAUAUCCCUCUCGCACGGUCGGCAAUUAUGACUCUCCAUAAGAAGGUAUUACGAAAGCUCGUAGGCGGGAGGACGAGUUGAUGCCAUUUCUGAAUGCCUUCAUGCAAGGGACUGUUGAUGUUUGCACGUAUUUAUCAUCUUUUAUUCGUCGCUUUGCUGUCACGCUAGUCUAAACUGUGCUGUGUAUGUUCCUGUCGCCCUUUUGUAUAAUAGACAUCCAUCUAUUCGCUCGAUGUUGAUUAUGAAUGGUCAGACCGAAGUCGCCG